UCCUAUUCAGAUUUACGAUGGAGAACAUCGGGGUUCUUCGGGAGUGGUUCGACCGCGUCGACUCCGAUCACACGGGCAACGUCGCCGCCCCCCAGCUCCAGAGGGCGCUCGCCGUGGGAAACCUCAAUUUCCCUCUCUCCGUCGUCCAGCAGAUGAUAAGGAUGUACGACUUUGAUAGGAACGGCACGAUGAACUUCGAAGAAUUUGUAGCUCUUAACAAGUAUCUGCUCAAGGUUCAAAAUGUCUUCUCAGCCCUGCAAAGGGAUCGUGGAUUUCUAAAUCUUGAUGAGGUUUACGAGGCCUUAGUCAAACUCGGUUUCUCGCUUGAUUCGCCCGCCUUCUACACAGUCUGUGAGAGCUUUGACAAGAACAAGAUGGGAAUGAUUCGGUUGGAUGAGUUCAUAUCGCUUUGUAUAUUCAUACAGUCAGCUCGUAAUUUGUUCAAUUCUUUUGACACGAGCAAGCAAGGAAGAGUUACACUGGAUUUCAACCAAUUUGUCUACUGCACGGCCAACUGCAGGAUAUAGUAUCUUCUGGUUGCCUUGGAAGACGCAAAAUCACCUGGAGGUGGUGUUCUUUGUAACCGGCUUCUCUGCAUGAUUUUAGUUGUAUAGUAAUAUUAAACCUUAACAGUGAAUGUUUUAUUUCAUUAGCAGCACUAUUGUGGUUACAUAAAGCACUUUUAUUAUUUUCAUAUUUGUCUGCGGGCUGUUAUUUUUUGUCA